UUCAACUGAUUCUUACAAAAAGAAGCAAAAAUCCAAAUGCAGCUAUGAACUUCCCCAGUGAAAGAAUCCAAAUCUAUCUUUCCUUUCACAUGAGCUUUGCCUCUCUGUAUUUUCAUAUAAACAUCCACUUUCCUGGCCGAUCAAAUCAAUUAUCAAUCGCACCAGAGGGGAAAUGGGGUGGAAAGGGAUUCUGGGUUUUGAUUAUGGUAUAGUUUUAGCUCCUAUGGGUCAUGAUAUUGCCGGACCGGAGCUUGUAGCUGCCGUCGCAAACGCCGGUGGGAUUGGCCUUCUUCAUGCUCCAGAAUGGGAAUCACCGGAGAAGAUGAAGGGGCUUAUAAGGAAGACUCGGGAGCUGACUGAUAAACCCUUUGGGGUUGGUGUGCUUCUUCCAUUUCCUCACAAGGAAAACAUAAAGGCUAUUUUGGAAGAAAAGGUUGCUAUUUUGCAAGUAUUCAGGGGAGAAUGUUCAAAGGAGCUUGUGUUAGAAGCUCAUAAUCAUGGGGUCAAGGUUGUUCCUCAAGUUGGAAGUGUUGAGGAAGUGAAAAAAGUAAUUGAUGCGGGUGUGGAUGCAAUCAUCGUUCAAGGCUAUGAAGCUGGAGGGCAUGUAAUUGGAAAGGAUGGUCUAAUGUCAUUGUUGCCACGGGUGGUUGAUGUGAUCGGUGGUCGUGAUAUUCCGGUGAUUGCUUGCGGUGGCAUCGUGGAUGCUCGCGGUUAUGUUGCUGCCUUGGCUCUUGGUGCUAAAGGCAUUUGCAUGGGCACUAGGUUUCUUGCAACUCAAGAAAGCUAUGCUCACCCGACUUACAAGCAGAAAUUGAUUGAAUACGAAGAAACCAAGUACACCGACCUUUUCGGCCGAGCAAUCUGGCCAGGUGCACCGAUGCGUGUCCUGUUAACACCUUUCGUCGGUAACUGGAAAUCCCUUCCCGCUCACGAAAACGAAACUAACCAGCCCGUCAUCGGUCAAUCACUAAUACAUGGCGUGGAAACUGAAGUUCGACGCUUUUCUAUUACGGUACCAAAUCCGGCAACAACGGGUGAGAUCGAAAAUAUGGCGCUGUACGCAGGCCAAAGUGUAGGCCUCAUCAAGGAAAUUCCGCCUGCUGGAGAAGUGGUGAAGAUGCUGGUUGAAGGGGCUCAACGUUUGAUCCAGCAAAGGUUUAAUGAGGAAUCAGUCUAGAAAUCUAUCGUAAACAAAACUGUGUACUUUAUGUGAAAAAAUAACCCAGAGUACAUGAAAUAAAGCGAUGAUUUCCUCUCA